AAAUUAAUAACACACUUCAACAACAGCAACAAUAAUUUACCUUUCUCUUCUUCCUCCUCCUCAUUCUUCUUCCACUUCUCUCCCUCCAUAAAAAACCUUCGUUAUCUCUGUCUUUCUAUUUACAUGUAUAUGUGUAUUUGUGUAUAUGUGUAUAUAUAUGUACAUUGACGUACUGUAACAUGUGGAGUGAAAUGUUGUUUUGUUGCCUUGUUAUUCAUUUGGUUUCUGUUCGUAAAUGAAUGACGAUGAUACAAUCAAGAACCGAACCCAGCCAUUCUAUUUUUCUGUAAAUUCUUCUAUGUUGUAUUUGAAGCAGCCUAGCGUCUUUCUUGGGGUUGAUUUAAGGAUUUGGCGGUUGUGAUUUCGUGGUUUCUCGGUUGUUCUGGCUGUAUAUGAUUAUUAUUUGAUUUGAUUUGAUUUCAUAUCCUUUUUCUUUUCCUCCUCAAUUCAAUUCAUUCAGUUCUGUGAUUUGUAUGCCCUUCUCCUAGUUUCCCUGAGCCUGGGCCUGUGGUGCGAGGCUCGGGGAUCUGUAAUUUUUUUUUUUUUUGUUCUCCCCCCCCUAAAAAUGGCUUCCUUAGAGACUGACCCCUUAUCCUCUGAGAAUAACUCAUUCUCCACCUUUCCUCUCCCAUCCUCGGAAAAUGAUGCCUACUCCAACUCUGCCGCAUCUUCUGAUGAGCUCCGUUCUGCCUCUUCUGCUUGUAUGCACAAAUUCAGGCUCUAUGAGACUCAAUCGAAAUUUUACAUGGUAGGAAGGGACAAGAGUAGAACAUAUUGGAGGGUGCUCAAAAUUGAUAGGAUGGAUUUGUUUGAGCUAAACAUACGGGAAGAUUCUGCUGUAUAUACAGAAAGUGAAUGUUCUGAUCUGCUGAGACGCAUACACGAGGGUAAUAAAUCAACUGGCGGACUGAAGUUCGUGACCACUUGCUAUGGUAUUGUUGGAUUCAUUAAAUUUCUAGGACCCUAUUACAUGCUGCUUAUUACAAGGAGACGUCAAAUUGGUACAAUAUGUGGUCAUCCUAUAUAUGCUAUUUCCAGAAGUGAGAUGAUUCCACUUCCAAAUCCUGCUGUUUGGUCCAGUAUAGCCAUUUCAAAGAACGAAAACAGAUACAAGAAGCUCCUAUGCUCAGUGGAUCUCACAAAGGAUUUCUUCUUUAGCUACUCAUACCAAAUUAUGCGUAGUCUACAAAAAAAUAUAUGUGAUAACGAGACAGGUCAUGUCCUUUAUGAAACCAUGUUUGUGUGGAAUGAAUUUUUGACUCGUGGAAUCCGAAACCACUUGCAUAACACCAUUUGGACAGUUGCUUUGGUCUAUGGUUUUUUCAAGCAGGGUACAGUGUCUCUAGAUGGGAGAGAUUUUAAGUUGACCCUCAUUGCUAGACGUUCUCGUCAUUAUGCUGGCACAAGGUAUUUAAAACGAGGUGUAAAUGAAAAAGGUAGAGUGGCAAAUGAUGUCGAGACUGAACAAAUUGUUUUUGAGGAUGUCCCUGAAGGGGUUCCUAUGCAAUUAAGUUCUGUUGUCCAGAAUCGUGGCUCAAUCCCUCUUUUCUGGUCACAGGAAACUUCGCGCCUGAACAUAAGGCCUGAUAUUAUAUUGUCGAAGAAGGAUAAAAAUUAUGAAGCGACGAGACUUCAUUUUGAAAAUCUUGCUAAAAGAUAUGGAAACCCCAUAAUUAUAUUGAACUUGAUAAAGACGCGUGAAAAGAGGCCACGAGAAUCUAUUCUUCGUGCUGAGUUUGCUAAUGCUAUUGACUUCAUUAAUAAUGAUCUAUCUGAGGAGAACCGUCUUAGGUUUCUUCAUUGGGAUCUACACAAGCAUGCUCGGAGUAAAGCUACAAAUGUUUUACUGCUUUUGGGGAAAGUGGCUGCUUUUGCGUUGACACUUACAGGAUUCUUUUAUUGCCAAGUUACUCCAGCUUUAAGAUCUGAAAGGAGUGAAGGAAAUUGUAGCUCAUCUUCUCAGCUACAGUCAGACAAUGAUAAUGAAGAUGCUGCUAGCAUGGAAAAACAAAUAAGUGCUGACAACCUUGUUUCUAAUGGAAAUUACGUUAUUAAGCAGCCACUGUUCCAAAGUGGGGUGCUAAGGACCAAUUGCAUAGACUGCCUCGACCGUACAAAUGUUGCACAAUAUGCAUAUGGGCUUGCUGCUCUUGGACACCAGCUUCAUGCCUUGGAAAUCUUAGAUUCCCCCAAAAUCGAUCUUGAUGCCCCUUUAGCUGAUGAAUUAAUGGGAUUUUAUGAGAGAAUGGGUGACACGCUCGCACACCAGUAUGGUGGCUCAGCAGCCCACAAUAAGAUAUUCUCUGAGAGAAGGGGACAGUGGAAAGCAGCAACACAGUCUCAGGAGUUCUUCAGAACUCUUCAAAGAUAUUAUAGCAAUGCCUACAUGGAUUCAGAAAAACAAGAUGCUAUUAAUUUAUUUCUGGGACAUUUUCAACCACAAAAGAACAAGCCUGCACUCUGGGAACUAGAUUCAGAUCAGCAUUGUAACGUAGGAAGGAAUGGGCGAAUCCAUGUGCAAGAAGAUGGAAGGUCAGCAUUCAAAAGAUCCUUGUCAGAUGGAAAUAUUCUUCACGAAAAUUGCUCACCAGUGUUAUCUACAGAUAGAAAGCUUGAAAAACAUUCAAACUCUGUAUUGUCCAAACAAUCACGAGGUAGCGAGGUUCUUUCAGAAUCUUCUCCAGAAAUAUCCACUUCUGGAAGUGAUAUAGCAUUGUCAAGGUAUACUCCCUCAAUGCCUCAGAGGCGGCUUUUUGGGUCCAUUCAAAGGGAAAGAUGCCUUGAAGGUGACCAUAUUUUCUUUUCCGAAGGGGACGCUAUGAGUUGCUCAAACUUUGUUGACCUGGACUGGCUUUCAUCCUCUGGGAAUUCAUGUGAGGAGGAGCCGUUUGAGAGGUCUUUGGGCUUCAACUCUCCAAUUGCUAGAGAUUCAUCUGAAAAUGUUGUCACUGGAGAAUCAACUCCUUCCAUGAGUGAAUAUGGUUCGAGCAUGAAGGCAAAGGAGCAGAACACAAUGGAAGUUCCCCAAUUGAGAACACUGGAGGAUUACUCGGAGAACUUUGUGCAAUGGGUAAAUUAUGGAGAGACCCUUUGCUAUUGAACCCUUCACAAUCCAAUCUCUUUUCCCAACACAGCCAAUGCCAAAGGAAAAAGAAAGAAAAAAAAAAGAAAAACACCCAUCCCAUUCCCAACUUCAAAAUAGUAUAUAGUGAAAAUAAUAAUAACAAUAAUUCUUUUGGAGCACAAAUUUUCAUCCCAUGCUAGGUUUCGGGCAUCCCUAGGUAAAAUUAUGUAAAUAUUUUCCUCUUAAAAUCGCACUUAGAACACUGGUGAUUAUUGAUUCUUUUUAUUCAAUGUUAUUUUACGAUUUUGAUUUUGUAACAUCGUGCUCUAAUUGCCUGAUGAAGUUUUUGCAGUGUGUUGUAACCUAUAAAUAAGUCUCAAAUUUGGAAUUCUUCAUCCUA